GCUACGGUGAGCUGAACGGCAACGUUGGGGAGAGGGAAUGCUCCCUGAAAGGCCUGAACGCCGGCGAUGUGCCCAGUCCAAUUUCGAGGGUCACCAAUGGCAGCCAAACCCCAGGAGACACUACUUUCACCCUGAAACCGAUGGCGAAAGGCGGCCCUUUUGGGAAACCGGGGCUCAAGUCCAAGGGCUUCCUUCCGAAAGCGAGCAUGGACAAGAAGAGCGAGAAAUGUUACGAGAGCAAGGCGCGGGAGGAGAAGUCGGAGGCGGUUCCGAUCCCGAAUGGCGUGGUGACGAACACUUCCUGCUACAUCACCAACGGUUACGCCGGCAAAGGGGCCGACAAUGACGGCAGCGGGUCAGAGAGCGGCUACACGACCCCCAAGAAGCGGAAGGGGCGCCCCAAUAGCAUCAAGGGCUGCGAGAGCUUGGAAAAGACGACUCCGCAGGACCCUCCGGUUGCGCCGGAACCGGAAGGCUUCAGACCCGACGGCGGUGGGGAUACAAAAGCAGGGCCCCACAUUGAGGGACUGAAGCCGGCGUGGAAAUGCGAGGGGGGCACUUUGGGGAUGGGACGCGGCAAGCCGGGGCCGACGGAGAUGCCGAGGAAGAACUCGGACACCAAAGUCGGGAUGGUCGGCAAGAAAUUCGAGGAGCGGCCCAAGGGUAAGCCCGUCUCAGCCUCAAAAGAGGACUCCUGGACUCUCUUCAAACCGCCACCCGUUUUCCCCGUUGACAACAGCAGCGCCAAGAUCGUCCCGAAGAUCAGCUAUGCCAGCAAGGUGAAGGAGAACCUCAAUAAGUCCGCACAGAACCCCACGUCGUCCCUGUCAUCGUCGUCCUCCUCUUCUUCGUCCUCUUCCUCCUCUUUGUGUUUAUCAUCCGCCACAGACGGGCCGCUCCCGACUCCCAACCGCCUCUCCCAAGUCCCUAUGUCUGCCAUGAAAUCGGUCACUUCGGUCAACUUCUCCAACGGGCCGGUUCUGGCGGGUGCUGACCGCGGAGUCUCGUGUCCGGUGGGUACUCAAUCGCUGCUCGUCCCCGCAUCCGGCGCCAUCUUAUUCACCCCUUCCGAGUCGGCGCCCCCAGAGGAACCCAAGCCGAGCCUUUUAAUCUACCCGUCAAAUAUGCAAGCCCUCCUCCUCGAUGCCGCGAGCCGAGCCGAGCCCGCUUCUUUCCAGGGCCACCUCCAGCAGAACCUGGGGGACAUUUUCCAGAACAAGUGGGGCCUGUCGUUCAUCAACGAGCCCAGCGCGGGGCCGGAGAAGCCGGCGGAGGGUCAGGCCCCAGAGGUGACGUUUCAUGGGGAGUUCCCCGGCACUUUGGCCGCUCCGACGGGGCCCAACCCACCACCCGCUUUCCCCAAGGCUUACGAAUUGGACAAACGGACUUGUCCGCCACCGCUCCUGAACAAUCUCCUCAAGCUGGGGACACCCUGCGAUGGAGGCGGCGGAGGCGGCUUCUUUUUGGACUCCCAUCCUCCGGGGGGACCGCGCCUGGCCGACCUCGGGGCCCCCGGGGGCCCCUUUGUCUUUCUUGCCAAGGACUGCCACGUCGAGAACCGGCUGGCUUCCCCUACGAACAAUUUGUUAGCCUCCGCCAAAGAACAGAGGUACCCGAGAGGCCUAGAACGGAAAGAGAGUUGGGGUGACUUCGACCUGCGGGCCGCCGUUCUAUAUCAUACUCAAGGUAAGACUCUUAUUUGGUCGGUUGACUCCCUUUCGGAAAGGUCUGGGAGAUUGGAUCUGACUUGGUACAGGUAUGAUUUGGUAUAGGUAG